AUGAUUCAUGCCGUAUUAAUAUGUAAGUGCUAUAAAGAUAAAGUGAUUUUACUAUUAAUCGAAAUUACUAACCAUAGAUUCUUCAUUAUUAUAAGCAUAGUUAAUCAAAGUGGUGUGCCCAGAUUGAUACGAUUUUACACACCUGUGGAUGUUCAAACCCAGCAAUUAUUAUUGCAACAGGUAUAUAAGCUUGUCAUUAAGCGGACUGACGAUCAAUGCUCUUUUUUGACUCCUCCUACUUUACUUGAGGACUAUGAUGAGAUUAAAGUGAUAUACAGAAGAUAUGCAACACUUUAUUUUGUUUUCAUAGUGGAUCAACAGGAAUCUGAAUUGGGAAUUUUGGAUUUGAUACAAGUUUUCGUUCAAGUUUUAAACCGCUGCUUUAAAAAUGUUUGUGAAUUGGACUUGGUAUUCCAUUGGCAGGUGCUAGAAGCUGCACUUGAAGAAAUAAUUCAAGGUGGUAUGGUCAUUGAUACGAACAUCAACAAAAUAGUUGCUGCAAUUGACGAAGCUAAUAUGCAAGAAGAGUCUUCAUCUUCUUCUUCUUUCUUGAAAAGAGUAGGAUCAAGUUCGUCACCUAAUGCAUCAUCCGCUGCAGCUUUUUUUAAUCGGUGGGGCUCUUAUUAA